GUCGUGUGAGGAGGAGCGUAGUUCGUGCGUCCCCCCGCGCGGUGUGAGAAUGGUUCAGUCCAGCGGUGGAAUUCCGAGAAGUGAGAGCUGAACCUUCUCAGAAGUUCAGAUUCCAGGAACUGCAGAAGGUCGGAUUUCUAAGAAAAACAUACCAGGGUGUUAGCAUGAGCAGCACAUUGGACGGCUGCAUCCAGUUCACACGGCAUGCAGGAGACGUGUUGUUCAACUUUAACCGCCUGCGCAGCCGCAACAUCCUCACAGACGUCACCGUGCGGGUCGGAGGCAGAGAGUUUCAUGCACACAAGACAGUCCUCAUGGCCUGCAGUGGCUUUUUUUACACCAUUUUCAUCAACGCACACAAAUCGGACCCUGCGGUCGUUAGCUUGGACGCUAAGGCUGACCCCGACGGCUUCGCCAUCCUGCUGGAGUUCAUGUACACUUCCUGCCUCACCCUAAAAGAACGCUUCAUCGUGGCCACGCUCAACAUGGCCGUCUACCUGCAGAUGGAGCACAUGGUGGAGACCUGCAAGCGCUUCAUGGAGUCCAGGGGUUUGAGUGUGAGGCAGCUACGAGGCGAAGCACCAGCCGAUUCCUUCCACUUACCUCAGGAUAUGAACAUUAACCUCUGUGACCUCACUCCUCCUGUGGUGCACUCAACACUCAGCAACCCGACUAUAAUCUACAGCCACGUUCCUCCUCGCCCGUUUCCCAAUGGCUCCCUCUCAAAUGGCAAACCACUUUCUUGGGAAAUUCCAAAAGACAGCCACGCUGUAACUCGUGGACCGGGUUCAGGUCCUGGAGAAAGUAGAGACAAGUAUAAGAGUACGGACCCUGCAGCCCAUCAGGAUCGGAGCACAAAGGUGGAGGAAUCUGAGGUGGAGAACUCUCCUCACAUGGUCAGUCCUCACAGCCCUCUAAAGUCAGACUGCCAACCGGAUUCUCCUGCCGAGUCAAGCGGCUGCAGUCGAGAAGCCGCGUCUCCUCCAAAAGUACGAAACUGGAAGAAGUACAAGUUCAUCGUGCUGAACUCAACCGAGGGAGACGAAAGUCCGCUGCGGAAUUCCAACCGAUCUGUGGAGAAACAUGGUGAGACGAUGAGGACACACACAUCUGUCUCCAUGUCCACUCACGCUAUUAGACAGGAGGAUAACGUGGAGAGCGCUCAGACAAAGACGGAGAGCAGUGAUCUGACCUGUAGUGAGUGGGACAAAAUGGAGAAUGACUCAGAGAACCACCAGUGUCUCCAUGACGCCAAAGCGUAUGACUGUGACCUCCUCAGAACCUCUUUCAGCUCAAACCACAACCAUACUAACCACAAACCUGUCUCUCCAGCAGGUGAGAAGCCGUACCGCUGCAGCGUGUGUGGCGCUCAGUUCAACCGUCCUGCCAACCUGAAGACUCACCUGCGCAUCCACUCGGGUGAGAAACCCUACAAGUGUGAGACGUGUGGCUCCGCCUUCGUCCAGGUGGCUCACCUUCGCGCUCACGUCCUGAUCCACACCGGCGAGAAACCGUACUGCUGCUCCGUGUGUAACACGCGUUUCCGCCAUCUACAGACGCUCAAGAGUCAUCUGCGCAUCCACACCGGAGAGAAACCCUACCAGUGUGACACGUGCGAGCUGCGUUUUAGACACAAGAGUCAGCUCCGUCUGCACCUGAGACAGAAACACGGCAGCGUGACCAACAUCAAGACCAACAACUGCUGAAACACUGAUGCGCACACACACACACACACACACACACACACACACACACACACACACACACACACACACACACAC